GCUCCUUACCCACCCGGAGGACUUUUUUUUGAAAGGAAACGAGGGAGGGAGGGAGAGGGAGAGAGGGAGAAAACGAAGGGGAGCUCGUCCAUCCAUUGAAGCACAGUUCACUAUGAUCUUACUCACAUUCAGCACUGGAAGACGGUUGGAUUUCGUGCAUCAUUCGGGGGUGUUUUUCUUGCAAACCUUGCUUUGGAUUUUAUGUGCUACAGUCUGCGGAACGGAGCAGUAUUUCAAUGUGGAGGUUUGGUUACAAAAGUACGGCUACCUUCCACCGACUGACCCCAGAAUGUCAGUGCUGCGCUCUGCAGAGACCAUGCAGUCUGCCCUAGCUGCCAUGCAGCAGUUCUAUGGCAUUAACAUGACAGGAAAAGUGGACAGAAACACAAUUGACUGGAUGAAGAAGCCCCGAUGCGGUGUACCUGACCAGACAAGAGGUAGCUCCAAAUUUCAUAUUCGUCGAAAGCGAUAUGCAUUGACAGGACAGAAGUGGCAGCACAAGCACAUCACUUACAGUAUAAAGAACGUAACUCCAAAAGUAGGAGACCCUGAGACUCGUAAAGCUAUUCGCCGUGCCUUUGAUGUGUGGCAGAAUGUAACUCCUCUGACAUUUGAAGAAGUUCCCUACAGUGAAUUAGAAAAUGGCAAACGUGAUGUGGAUAUAACCAUUAUUUUUGCAUCUGGUUUCCAUGGGGACAGUUCUCCCUUUGAUGGAGAGGGAGGAUUUUUAGCACAUGCCUACUUCCCUGGACCAGGAAUUGGAGGAGAUACUCAUUUUGACUCAGAUGAGCCAUGGACACUAGGAAAUCCUAAUCAUGAUGGAAAUGACUUAUUUCUUGUGGCAGUUCAUGAACUGGGACAUGCUCUGGGAUUGGAGCAUUCCAAUGACCCCACUGCCAUCAUGGCUCCAUUUUACCAGUACAUGGAAACAGACAACUUCAAACUACCUAAUGAUGAUUUGCAGGGCAUCCAGAAGAUAUAUGGUCCACCUGACAAGAUUCCUCCACCUACAAGACCUCUACCAACAGUGCCCCCUCACCGCUCUAUUCCUCCGGCUGACCCAAGGAAGAAUGACAGGCCAAAACCUCCUAGGCCUCCCACCGGCAGACCCUCCUAUCCUGGAGCCAAACCCAACAUCUGUGAUGGGAACUUUAACACUCUAGCUAUUCUUCGCCGUGAGAUGUUUGUUUUCAAGGACCAGUGGUUUUGGCGAGUGAGAAACAACAGGGUGAUGGAUGGAUACCCAAUGCAAAUUACUUACUUCUGGCGGGGCCUACCUCCUAGUAUCGAUGCAGUUUAUGAAAAUAGCGACGGGAAUUUUGUGUUCUUCAAGGGUAACAAAUAUUGGGUGUUCAAGGAUACAACUCUUCAACCUGGUUACCCUCAUGACUUGAUAACCCUUGGAAGUGGAAUCCCCCCUCAUGGUAUUGAUUCAGCCAUUUGGUGGGAGGACGUUGGGAAAACCUAUUUCUUCAAGGGAGACAGGUGUGGACCAUCAGGAACUGGCCUCUCCCUGGCACCGGCUACCAAUUUAUCACUUUUAGAGAGGAAAUGCGAUAAUUGCAGAACCAUCACUUGACUUUCUAGUGGACUGAGGGGAGAACCCGCUCCUGCCCAUCUCAUACCUGUAACACCGGGACUCACUAGCGUCCAAAUUGUAGCAAGUCACUUAACUCCUAUGAUCUUCAAUUUCUUCAUCUGGAAAAUAAGACUCAGCUUGUGAGACUGUUGUGUUGAUCCACUGAGGCAAUGUCCAUGAGUGCUCUAGGUAGAAAGCAGAAAUAAGACAUAUUUAUUUAAGUCCAUUUAAUAUAAUUCAAUCUAAUAUAAAUUGAAUUCUGUAAAAAACUGCAAAUCCUAUUCUUAGAGAUUUACACUUUUUGAUAUUUCUAGCUCUCCAUAUGAAGUAUACAUGGUAUAUUUUAAAAAAACAAAAACAAAAAUCAUUAAAUUCGGUUAGACCCAUCUGAAAUCUCUUAAAAAAAAAGUGGUAACCUUGAUUAGAUCUGACUCCAAAGCCCGUGCUGACCCCAACACAAUGCAAUGUAAUGUUUAUGAAGCAUGAUUCAAAUAAAAGUAAUCUCUUUCAUAGAAAUAUUCACUUUCAAAUAGGCCCAUUGGAUUCUCUCAAUAAGAUAUUUAUUUUUAAAACAGCAAAGGGACCUUCCUGUAGGAAAAUUUCAGUAGUGGUGGUGUUAGAUGUUAUAAUAGUACUAGCAAAGGUGGUAUCAUUAGAUUACAUAGUGUAUCUAUGGUGCAGAAAAAUGGCCUAAAAUAAAUUAGAAUGAAAUUACUUGGGAAAAUUCUUGAGGGGUUGGGUGAAGAGGCAGAAACAAUUACUUGAAAUGUUGAAAAGGUGAGAAAAAAAUUACAAUGUAAUCGUGCUGGAAGAUAAUGCUCAAAUUGACUCUAUUAGGAUGUCCGUGGAGUAGCAUGAGCAAUUUUUACCUCGGGAUGUUUAUUACGAUAAGCCAACUGGUAUAGCAAAGUGGACAUAAGGCUCUUGAGUCAACUGUCUGAGGUUAUAUUCUCCCUUCUAUGGGACUAAUUGUGUUACAUAGGGCAAAUUACUCAACUUCUCUGUCUUUCAGUGGUUUUCACAUCUGUCAGUUGAGGAAAGCGAUAACAUUUAUCUACAGUUUUAUUGUGAUGGUUAAUUCAGUUUUUAGAUGUAAAAUGGUUGGAAUAAUAGCUAACACACAGAAACAGUUUCUGGAAAAUAGUAAGCAUCCAACCAGUGUUUGCUGCCCUUAGUUUUUAUUGCAAUUAUUUUAUUAGGAGAUUCUUGUGACAGUUACCUUUCUAUAUCCUUUCUCCUUGUUAUUUCACUCCUAAACCUGCUGCAGCCGGCCUUUUGUUAUCAGCCCCCUAAGCAUUCUUCUUAAGUUGACUAAUAAACUUCCAAUCACAAAAUUCAAUAAAAGUUUCUUAGUGAUUUUCUUUUUUGACCUCUCUGUGGUAUUUGUAAUGUUGAUUUUGUUUCUUCUGUUUGAAACCUUCUUUUUCCUUGAAAAUCUAUGAAUGCAUGUUAUGAGUUUUCAGAAUGUCACAUAAUUGAAUGAAACAUUGUGUUCAUGUCAAGCCCUUGGAAAUGUGUCUUGGCACAUAUACUACAGUGUUAUAAGUGUUGUUGUAUUCACUGAUUUGUUAUUAUUAUGGCUAGCUUCACGUGGAGCUUCCAUACUUCUCAUUAUCUUCUCAAAGGUUGCACUGAUGUAAUAGCGGAUGUCACAUGUAUUCCAGUAUCUACUAUACUGCUUGCCCGAAAGUAGCAGCUCAUUAUAUAUAUUUAUUAAAAAAUAAUCUGCAAAAAAUGCUCACAGGAUGUAGGUGCUUUAUUUUUAAUUGUCAGUAUUUGGAAGCAACCAAGAUGUCCUCAAGUAGUGCAUGGAUAAAUACACCGUAGUGUAUGUAGACAAUGGAAUACUAUUCAGCACUAAAAAGAAUUUAGCCACCAGACCCUGAAAGACAUGGAGGAACCUUAAAUGCAUAUUAUCAAGCAAAAGAAGCCAAUCUCAAAGGCUACCUACUUUAUGAUUCCAAUUGUAUGACAAUCUGAGAAAGGAGAAAGGAGAAACUAUGGAGAAGGUAAAAGAUCAGUGGCUGGCAGAGGUUAGCAGGAAGGGAGGAACAAAUAGAAAGAAUAUAGAGGAAUUUUAGGGCAGCAAAACUAUUCUGUAUGACACUAUCGUGAUGGAUACAUUAUUCUGAUUAUUAUGUCUUUUCAAAAUACAAAGAAUGUACUACACCAAAAAUGGACACUAAUGGAAACUAUGGAUUUGGGAUGGUAAUGAUAUGUCAAUGUAGGUUCCUCAAGUGUAAACAAAUGUACCCUCUGGUACUGGAUGUCAAUAGUGGAGGAGGUGAGGUUUUACAUAUGUGAGGGUAGGAAUUAUAAAGGAACUUUCUGUACUUUGCACUCAAUUUUGCUAUGAACUUAAAACUGCUCUAAAAAAUAAAAGUCUAUUAUACUUAAAUAAAUAAAUAAUCAACCUUAAGAGGGGAAGGGUUGAUCCGUGAAGAUGUAUUAGAGUGAGUGACAUUUGAUCCGGGGUUUGAAGCAUGAAUAAAUAAUGUCAGAGAGACAGCAGGUAAAAAUGCAUCUCAGGUAGAUAAAACAGUCUCUGUAAAUGUUUUGAGGUCUGAACAACCAUUUUGACUUCAGAAGGGAAAUAGCGUAGGCAGAUUAGUACUGCUAAAAUACCCACAAUUUUUAAAAGUCUCUGAAAUUUGUGCAUCUCUAAUUUAAUCUCCUUAAAUCUGUUAGCAUAUUUUGAUUUUUUUUCUUAUCAUCUGAAUAUAGUCACCAACUUUAGCAUAAGGUAAAAAUACCCUGAGAGAUUGACCUACUGACUGAUUAACCUAAAUGCUUCCAGCCUCGUUUGAGGAGAAGAGUCUUUUGGAUGUGUCCGUGAAAAAACAAGGAUUCUCUUACUCAGACAGCUUCCUUUGUGUAUCUGAAGAAUGCGGUUAAAGAGUGUAUAAUCCACUGAAAGGGAUACUGUAGUUCACCAGAAUGAUAUCCUGUGGUCUCAAAAGGAGAUUUUGAUUCAGUUCCUAUAGGACAUAAAGUGUUUUCACAGGCUUUACAGGAAAGCACUGUUCGAGUUUGAACACUAUUUCUUUCAUCCCAUAGAGGAUAACACUUUUCAGCAAAAGAGUAGUUUACCUGUCUUCUCUCACAAUGGUUAGAGGCCAGAGUACUGAGAGAUAGUAUUUUAGAUGCCUUGGUUGUAAGUGGAACUAAUUGUGAGUAAGAUAUUUUUUAAAGUAAGGGUACCGAAGCACAACAUAAUGAAUCAUUUUUUUCUUCAGACUACUUUUUGGUUAUUCAGCUUUGUGAAUGCAGCCAUUGAUGCUAUCUUUGAAUUAGAGACACAUUUUAAAACAUGAAAUAGUAUGGAAAAUUUGUAAUAUAGAGUUUGUGUGUGUGGUUGUGGUUUUAAUGGUAAAAAUCCAACCUUGAAUAGGUUUUCAUUCACUGUUUAUUCAUUGCUUCCUUCUUUCAUAAAAUGAUUAUUGAAAGACUCCUAUGUGUAAAGAAUUAGGGAAGGGAGGUGCCUGAGGACCCCUUAUGUGGAAUCGUCUCUCAAGUGCUAAUAAUUUAGAGAGAGCUUAAGUAUGGUGACUUUAUGGUUGUUUUGUACAUAUGUGCAUGCAUACUCACUGUAUAUCACAUUACAUAUACAUAUUGACAGCACAUUAAUUAUAUAUUACGAAGUGUGCCAAGUUCAUUUUUAAAUUGCCAGACAUGUCAUUUCUUGCACUAAUAGAGAAACAGUUGUUCAGAGAUUGGAUGUUUUUGAAUGCUCAUCAUCAUUUGGAAACUACUAACAAUGUAAUUGAUUCACUACUUUCUGUAAACAGCUUUUCUAAAUAAUAAGUCACAUAUACAAAUAAUUAAAAUUUGCCAUUUUUCAUUGUUCUUUAUCUUUCAAAUACUUAUUGAAUAAGAGUUGGUAGAGUUUCAUACAGAUUAGAACAUAUCUAGGAUAAGACACAGUGGCACACAAGUACAAUCCCAGCACUUUGGGAGGCAGAGGUGGGUGACUGCUUGAUUGAGACCAGCCUGGACAACAUG